AUGACUAAAGCUGACAAAUUCAUGAAAAUAUGUCAAAAUCAAGAAAAAAGUGUUGUUGAGUUUGGCUCGAACGCUUACAGUAACAAGGUCGAUAAAAAUAAGAAAGCCUUGACAUCUAUUGUUAAAACAAUAGUUUUGCUGGGAAAACAAAACAUAGCCUUUCGUGGCAAAACAGAAGAAAAAAGUAACUUCAGAGCUUUGAUAAAUUAUCGCGCUGAAGUAGACAGUGAUUUGCACGACCAUCUAGCAAAUUCUCCCAAACAUGCACAGUAUUUAAGCCCCUCUAUUCAAAACGAAUUCAUACAUAUAUGCGGCAAUCAGAUUUCGGACUCUAUCGUGCACCGUUGCCAAGAUGCGAGGUACUUUUCUAUUCUUGCAGAUGAAUCUGCUGAUGUCAGCAAUACAGAACAGUUUGCUUUUUGUCUGCGUUAUAUUGAACGUCAGAGUUCCGGGAAGCAUGUGCUCCACGAGGAUUUUCUUUCAUUUGUUCAGACAACAGAAACAACAGAUGAAACACUACACCAGUUGCUACUAGAUGAAAUACACAAACACAACCUGAACCCAAACUUUAUCGUUGGACAAGGUUACGACGGUGCUGGGAACAUGUCCGGUUGUCACCGUUGA